AUGGAUGACGGUUCCCAGGACGAAUCUUUUAACGAAAUAGAAACAGAUUAUGAUUCUUCGCAGGAUGGUUCUAUUAGUACAACAGCAUAUUCAAAUUCAGAUUCUGGAAUUGGAUUGGAUUUUCGCUCAAGCACCCCCGAAAGUUACUCCCCAAUGUCCUUCGAUUUUUCAGACAAUAUUACCCAAAAUUUCACUGGCGUUAAUGCACUCUGUGAAAUGCAUCAUGCUUUUAUCAACCAAGCUGCCUUUGUUCUUUCAAAACCUGAUAUUUGCUUGCUUCAAAAUUCUUGUGGAUAUUUAUUUCAAAUCUGCAAGUGUGGAUACACUUCCUUCCUGUUAUAUGCAUGCCCCAACAUCCUUACUUAUAUACGCACAGCCAUUUUAAGUAAUUCAGUCAUUCAGGAGGAACCUGAACUUUUGCACUGUCUCAGUGGUGUGAUUUAUUAUAUAUCCCAAACCGAAGAAGGUCUGAACUUAUUUGUCAAGGGCGAUGAUAUCUUUGUCUUUACUCCACUUUUGGCUUUUCCAAUAGAGUCGGUACUUUUUUAUUGCUUGACUGCUAUACAUAAUUUGUUAUUAAACAGAAACGUUGCGCGAGAAAAUGUACGCAGAUCAAAUGCCCUAGGCCAUUUAGUUCUGCUAUUGAAAAUUUCUGUUGCAGAAUAUAUGCAACUUUCAAAUUGCCUUGAAGUUUGUUAUAGUCUAACGAAUUUAAAUACUGAUCUUCCUGGAACGCUGAAUCCUAAAUUCUUAGCUAUUCUUUGUGAUUGCCUGUAUUUACUUUCAUACGGCGAUACAGCUACAAAGUGUGCAAUCAGAAAUGAGGGCGGCAUUCCAGCUCUCUUAAGAAUUCUACAUUUCUCCACCUAUGACAAACUUCUAUGGACAGCUUCUCGUCUCCUUAGAGUGCUAUCUGCUUGGUCGCCUGCCAAAAUAGAUAUUAUUGAUUCUGAUACUUCUCUGGAGUUUAUCAGGCGAUGCUUAAGUUCCUCCUAUGUACAUUUCUCUAAAGUUACCCCGAAUGCUUUGUGGACACUGAGAAACCUUUCUGAUGUGGCUGUUGGACGU